CCACUGCAUCGACUACGUCCGCCACCAGCAGCGAAACAACAGAUUCAACAAUAUCUACAUCCACAGAAGAGAGCACAUCCACAGACCAAAGUACAAUGAUGACCUCUUAUACAACAGAAUCAACAUCAACAGAGACAGAACCAAGCACAACAACUGCCUCUGAUUCGACUACGUCCGCCACCAGCAGUGAAACAACAGAUUCGACAAUAUCUACAUCCACAGAAGAAAGCACAUCCACAGACCAAAGUACAAUGAUGACCACUUAUACAACAGAAUCAACAUCAACAGAGACAGAACCAAGCACAACAACUGCCACUGCAUCGACUACGUUCGCCACCAGCAGCGAAACAACAGAUUCAACAAUUUCUGCAAGCACAGAAGAAAGCACGUCCACAGACCAAAGUACAACGAUGACCUCUUAUACAACAGAAUCAACAUCAACAGAGCCAGAACCAAGCACAACAACUGCCACUGCAUCGACUACGUCCGCCACCAGCAGCGAAACAACAGAUUCGACAACAUCUACAUCCACAGAAGAAAGCACAUCCACAGACCAAAGUACAACGAUGACCUCUUAUACAACAGAAUCAACAUCAACAGAGACAGAACCAAGUACAACAACUGCCACUCCAUCGACUACGUCCGCCACCAGCAGCAAAACAACAGGUAUGAGGAUAAUGCAGCACCAGGAUUCGCUGAUCAAACUUUAA